UGUUGUGUCAUGUGACUGUCACGCGUUUAGCUCUCGCACAGUUUAAAGCACUUCCUGCUUUGUUAUAGUUCGCAGACUUUCGAUCAGUACGUUCAGAAAGUAAUUAGUAAAUACAGUCAUGUAAACGUAGACGACUUGUUGCUCAGUCGACUGCGGACAAGGUGAUGAUGAUGAUGAUGAUGAUGAUGAUGAUGAUGAUGAUGAUGUGGCUCCUUCUCCCUCUCAGCCUGAUCUCCUCUGUCUGGACGUUUCCUCUGGUCGUGUCUCCGACCUAUCAGACAGUAGAGGACGACAACGUCACCAUCAGCUGGGACUUUGACACAAAAACCGACCUGUCCUUCACCAACCUCAAGUGUCGUUUACUGUCAGAACCUCCCAAGGUUUUAUAUCAGAUGACAAGCGGUGCUGAGGGAGCAGAGUCUCAUCAACAGUUUUCAGGACGGGUUCAGUUGGACAAAGAAGCUCUGAGAGGAGGACGAUUCAGACUCAUUCUGUCCAACGUUGCAGCUGAAGACUCUGGAACCUACAGGUGUGACGUGGCUGCCAAUUAUGAUGAGACCAUGAGGACAUGGGAAUUUACCACCUCAGAAACGUUUGUGCUGAAUGUGAGUCAGAUCUCUGACGGAGACGGCGUCGUGUCUCCCAAUACAGCGACGAGGCCUGAAGGUUCCAGGACCACACGAGGAGAUCAGCUCUACGACUACAUGGUUGUGGCUACGCUCAUAGGAGCUCUGCUUUUAAUGGUUGUGGCAGCUGUUGGGAAGUUGCUCCAUGACAAUCCUCCACACAAAGGUCCAGAUUGAGCUGAAGCAGCACCAGCGUGAGCAAACUGGAAGCAAACGCUGACAUUGUGGCUGCAGAAGCUAAGAGGAGGCAGUGCAGUGUGUUUAUACUGGUGACGCAUCAUCUGUCAUCCUGCUCCCUGUGUGGGUAUGAUGGGAUCUAAGCAUUGUGGCCUGAGGAGGCAUCAGAUGAGUUCAGAGCUAAACUCACUCCUUCUCCACCUGUUUCUACCUCUUAUUUACAUUAAGCUGGGCCACCUUCAAUACAAAGUGCCUUCAAUCUGCUCUCAGAUCAGUGAGUAGCAGCUCAGUGUCCAUUAGUUUCAUUGAAUAAUACUCCAGAAAAGCUGUGUUAAUGUGUCUUCACAAACCUUUCAACUCUGUUUUAUAAUAAAUAGCAUUAACGUUAGGAGCCGUAGAUCAAAUCUGCUUCAAGGCAGCAACAGCAAAACAAAAGGCUUCAGUUCUACACGUGUGAGCGAGUUCAAGUUAUUUCAGACAUUAUAUUUAUCUGUGCACUUUAACUGUUCUCUCUAUGAGGAACGUCUAUUUUUCUCAAGGAUGUUGAAAGUGAUUCUACUUGUUAAUUUCAUCAUAUGGUGAAAUCAAAGCAAACCAGCAGGAAUAAGGAACAACCAUUCACACACUCAUACAGAAUGUUUAAGAUAAGCUCAGUCUCAACACUGUUAAUUUGAUGGGACUUAAUGUUAAUUUAUUUAUAUCUUCUCUUACAACUUGAUUUACUGUAUGAGGCCACUUCACAACAAGUGACAUUUCAUUACAGAAUUUAAAGACACAUAACAUUUAAUCCAUGUGUUACCAUUUAAAUUUCUGUGAAAAGCAUCCGUCUUAUCGGAUUUGUAUGUUGUUUUUAUAAAUUAAUACAAGAAUUCAGUGACUGUAAAUAAAACAGAAUGUGUUUAAAAACUGUCUUCAUUGUAUAUCAAUACAUUUGAAAUUGUGAGUGUUGUCUGUGUCUAAACUGACUUAGGGUGUGGCACAAGCAACAUUAAUUUGAUGCUGCUCUGAUCAGAUGUGUACAAAGCUGCAUUAUACAGUGAAUGUGAAUGACUUGGAUGACAUCAUUCAAAUUUGGUUAUUGAAGUUGUGUCAUUUAGUGUUUACAGAGUCUUUCUUUUAUUGUCUCAGCCAAAACCUCGACUCCAUGCACAGUAACAUGUCUGAGCUCACAGGGAAAGUCCUCAGGCCUCAUCUCUGAUCUCUGGGCACCGUCAUCAGCCAGGACCUCAAGUGGAGCAGUUCCACCUUCCUGUGAAGAUGCUGGACAACUUCUCCAUCACAGUCUGUUUGCUGCAGCCACGGCCAGAGACGAGGCCAAGCUGCAGAGAAGGUGAGCGGCUGCCACCUCCCGUCUCUCCAGGACCCGCAGACGUGCAGCCAGGACUGUAGUCGACCCGUCUCACCCAGGACAUGAACACUUUGAGCCCCUCCCCUCUGGCAAGAGGCUCCGGUCCAUCAGGACCAGGACCUCGCGCCACAAGAACAGCUUCUUCCCAGGCAGUCAGUCUAUUGAGCUGUGCUCCCUACAGGACCUGGCAAUAAAGCUUUUUCUGAUUCUGAUUCCAAGAGUGGGAACACAAACCUACCACAAGGGGGCGGAAGAGUUAGAUGAGCAAAUUUAAGGAAGAAAAUCAGACACAAAAGAUCAUGAAUAUGAUAAGUGGUGCUGAGUUUCAGUAUAUAGUCACAUAUUUCAUUUCAUUGAUUUGUUGCAUUAUGAAAUUAGACAGUUUCACACUUUAUAGACUUGACACAUUCUUACACAUCUUUCAGCUUCUUUAAGUUGUAAACAUGGGAUUUGUUCAUUUGCAGAAUCACUGGAGUCAUUAAAACUUGCAGACGUUCUGUACCUGCUGAGGGAACUGUCCUUUGGUGUGUGCUAAAUAUUUUAGAGGCAUUUUAGGCCUCAGCAGCCCUCUAUGUCACCGUGUGCUGGCAGGGACAGACCCCGCUUCUGUCCUGGACUGACUGUACUGAGCACCAUCCAGGAUGCGGUGGCCAAACUACCGUCCAUCAUAGACAACCCCUCCACCACUGUGGAGACUAAGUGUCCUCCCCACAGCCAUCAGACUGUGCAGUGUGUAAAUAAUGAGACCAUGUGUACACACAGUGAAUACAAGUCUAGAUUCAAGAGUU